CAGCGGGCAGAAGCAGGAAGCGGAGACCGAGCAGCAGACGCUUCGAGCGGAGUCACUCCGGCGGGAGAGUCGGCCCUGAAGGCGAAUAAAGCUGGUCCGGGGAGCGGGACGGGGUCCGCCUGGACGGUCAACAUGUCCCCCCUCUUUCUGCUCGUCCUCUUGGGGACAGCUGUGGCGGUAAACUGCGAGAUCCAGAAGCUGACCUACAUCUACACGGCUCUGUCCAAACCGGUGGACCUGCCGGGCAUCCAUGAGUUCACGGCCAUGGGUCGACUGAACCACAAGAUGAUCGACUACUUUGACAGCAGCAACCAGCAGAAGGUCCCCAAGCAGGACUGGAUGAAGGACAAGCUCCCGGCCGACUACUGGGACAAGGGGACGCAGUCCCGGAAGAGCAAGCAGCAGUGGUUCAAGGUCAACAUCGACAUCCUGAUGAAGAGAAUGAACCAGAGCGAGAACGACGUCCACGUCCUGCAGUGGUUACACGGCUGCGAAGGCGAACGCCAGGACGACGGCUCGCUGAAGUUCGUCCGCGGCGUUGACAUGUACAACUACGACGGGAACGACUUCCUGUCCUUCGACGACGAGCACCAGGUGUGGGUGGCCCCCAUCGCGGCGGCCGAGCCCACCAAGAGGAAGUGGGACAACGUGCCGGUGCUGAAGGAGUACACCAAGGGCUACCUGGAGAAGGAGUGCAUGGACUGGCUGACCAAGUUCGUCACGUACGGAGAGAAACAGCUGAGAGAAGCCAAACCUCCCGAAGUGUUCAUCUAUGCCACCCCUUCCAAGAAGCCGGACAACUUGGUUCUGAGGUGCAUGGCCACCGGGUUCUAUCCCAAAGACAUCGUCCUGCAGAUCAAGAGGAACGGACGCGUCCUGGAACCGGCCGACGGCUUGGAGACCACCGGCGUCCGUCCCAACGAAGACGACACCUUCCAGCAGAGGGACUGGGUGGAGAUUCUAAAGUCCGACCAGUCUGAUUACACCUGUCGUAUCUUCCAUGAAGCAACGGGUUUCGACAACGAGACGCGUUGGGAUCGCACGCUUGAUCCGAAUGAAACGCCUGAUGAUUCCUCCACCGGGGUGAUUGUUGGGGCCGUGGUCGUGGUCGGGAUCCUGGUCGGGGCUGGGCUCGUCGCUGUUAUUCUGAGGGUUCUUUGCAAGAAAGGAUGUAUAAAAUGCCAAUGCCAACGCCCAUGCCAAUGCAGAUGCCAGUGCCAAUGCCAAUCCCCAUGCGGAGGAGAUGAAGGAACCGACUCAGCUGCGAGUAGCUCUCUGGGAAGCGUGGAUCAGCCUCUCAUGAAUGUGUCAACUGGUGUACCGACGACUGAGGUCCCCAACGGUACCGAUGGAGCCCCUGUGUCCGUCCCUCUGUUAAGUGUUUCUCUAGGUUCUACGGGAACUGGAUCAGACUCUGGCGUCACCUCCGAUCAGUCGAGCCACGACGGUCGAGACUCUGACAACCACUCAGGGAGGUCCGUGUGACGAGAUGCCGGCCUGCGGGGAACACGGACAGAACCGAAGAACCUCCAGAAGAAACCCUGACCCUGCAGCUCUGUCAAACUUUGAAGUCUAAAUGAACCUGAUGUAAUUUAAAAAGUGAAAUACAGAAAUACGAUUAAAAAUAAAUCCUCCAGUGAUUCAGCCGCUCAGCCGAGCCUCUUCAGAAUCCAGAACAGCAGAACCACCUCUGGCCUUUCAGUCUUCCUCCACCUGUCAGUCAGAUCAGUAAGACGGCGGUCUGCUGGACAGAAAACCCGGAGUGGAUCACAGCAUCCUUCGCCUCCUAAACGGACUGAACUCCGCCUCCCGUUCCACUCUGGAACUCUUCAAUGUUCAGUCGUUAUCGAACGAAGCUGGACUCAUGAACGACUCCACAGGAAAUAAUGUAAACAUUCUCUGUCUUACUGAGACCAGACAACAGCCGGAUGUUUUCUCCAUCCUUGAGCCCCCCCCCCCCCCCCCCCCCCCCCCGGGUACAACUACCUCAGUACCGACCUUCAGGCUUCACUGGACCUUCAUACACUACUAAAAACCAGGACGGUUUCCUCCACCCGCUCCGCCCCCUGGUUCACAGACGAGCUGAGAAAUCUGAAAAGGACUGGCCGUGUCCUGGACCGGGUCUGGACCGGGUCUGGGUCUCAUCUGGGCUGACGGGGCAUCAGUUGUCCUACCGGGAACAUCAACACAGAUAUGCCAAAGAACUGUCCAAGACCAGGUCAGCACAAUACCAACAUCAUGAACACUAACCCAAGAACUCCAUACAACUCUUCACCACCAUCAAACACCUGCUCCACCCUCAGUCUCCACCUGCUCCACCCUCAGACUCACCGCAACCAAACAGUCACACAGGGCAACACAUUCAUGAACUUCUUCACCUCUAAAAUGGACAACAUCCGGCUUCUCUCUCUCUCGCCAACAGUUCAGUCCCAAUGCGACACUGCACCCCCACACAGCUCUCUCUCUUCUUCCCCACAGUGCAGCAUCCACCUGCUCCCUCCACCCCUCCCCUCCCCUCUGCCCAAAGCUCACUGCCACUCCAUCAGUCAGCUGAUCACAAAUAUCACUCUCUCCCUUCAAACCGGUACUGUUCCAACCAGCCUCAAAACAGCCGUCAUCAAGCCCCUCCUCAAAAAACCCACUCUGGAUCCUGAACCUCUGUCACACUACAGACCCAUCUCCACCCUCCAUCUCCACCCUCCUUCAUCUCCAUCUUCCCCUUGAUCUCCAAAAUCCUUGAAAGAACUGUCUCCAUCCAGCUCCGCAACCAUGUUAAAUCAAAUAAUCUGUAGAGAAAUUCCAGUCCGGUCUCCUCUCUCACGGCUCAGAGACAGCUCUCAUCAGAGUCACACAUGACCUACUGAUGACCUCUGACCCCAGCUCCACCUCCCUCCUCGUCCUUCUCCCCCUGUUGAUCACCACCUCCUCCUUCACCGCCUCCAACACAUCGGUAUCUCUGGCUCCGCCCUCCAGUGGUUUCACUCAUACCUCACAGGAAGGACUGAGUUCGUAGCCCUGGGGGACGCUAAGUCCCGCCCCCUCACUGUCCCCUGUGGUGUCCCCCAGGGCUCUGUCCUCGGUCCAACCCUCUUCAUCAUCUACAUGCUCCCCCUACCAGGCAGGGAAUACAACUCCACUGCUAUGCUGACGACAUCAGAGUCCUCAUCAGGUCCCGGGCCGGAGCCUCCAAAGACCAGCGCUGCCCGGGUCCUGAUGAGGGACCACAUCACCCCCAUCCUUCACACCCUCCACUGGCUUCCUGUUCACCUCCGCUUUCAGUUCAGAAUCCUUCUCUACCCACCACUGUCUGCACGGUGCAGCCCCCCCCCCCCCCCCCCCCCCCCCCCCCACCUCACUGACCUCCUCCACCCAGAACCCGGUCAGGCCAGCUGCACCGUUAGCCCCACUCAGGACCCGGCUCAGGACCCGGCUCAGGACCCGGCCCAGGACUGGGCUCAGGACCAGGGCCGACAGGGCCUUAGAGGCUGCUGCUCCCCGUCUGUGGACCCCCCUCCAGACCGCCUCAGGCUCCACAGACGGUGGAUUCUUCAAAAAGGGCUGAAAAUCUUUUCACUACGUUCUGCCUUCCCUGAUCGAUUUUGCUGCUGAUUGUGUUUACUGUUUAUACUGUCUUACUGUUUUUUAAUUGUGUUUGUCAUUAUUUUUAUUGUCUUCUUGAUUGUGCAAUUUGAGAUUUGCCUACAAAUGUGAAAUGCGUUAUAAAUAAAAUCCAUGAUUACUGUUAUAAACUUUGUCGACAGCAGAAUGUAAAUGUUUUUAUCAGUUUCACUUGGUCGAGUUUUCUUUCUGCCAGCUGGUCUCUGGUUUAGCAUGUCCCUGAUGGGAACGCACAGCGUUUUCAUCUCUUUUCCACCGUCGGGGAACUAGAGAACCUUCCACUGGAGAGCUAGCUAGCCGAGUCAGCUGUUAGCUUAGCCACUGUGAUCUGGAACUCUUUGACCGCUUGAAUGUGUUGAAAGAUUAAUUUUCUCAUAUUUUAUUGAAAUCACUUGUGAAGAUGAUCUGUUUUCUCUCAGGGAACCACUUUAUAUGAACUUUUCCAAUUGAACUGAGCAUCGUGCAUCUGUGGGAUGAGCAGUGCUUGAUUUUCAUGAUUAAAAAAAAAAAUCCCA